CUCACAAGGUGUUUGGACAUUGUGGAGGGGGGCGUGGUGCAUCAGCUGCAGGAGAGAGGUGUGGAGAGGGCUCAGGAGAGCAGCACCAGCACCUGUACUCAUUUGUGCCAGUAGGUGGCAGUACCUAAUUAGGCUAUUGCAAGAGUCUAUAUAGGUAGGUGGGGUAAUCAGUGCAGGCGCGCUUGCUGGGGAAUCUAUACGGUUUUUGACCGUGCCAUGGCGUGUAACGCCGCAGGUGUUCUAUUGUUAAAAGUGAGUACUCGUGAGAUGGCUGUGUGUAUCAAAAUAAAUAUGCAACAUAAUCAGUAAUGCUGCUUGGACAUUGGCUGUGUUAUGCACCUACACUGGCACGCGUACAAGCCCUUAAAAUCACCAGCGUGCGCGUAUAGUGACAAAGGGCCACUAUAUUAGUCAAAAACCCGGUUCCCAUUGGACUCGUUGGGAAAGCAACAGUCGGCCUUGUGGUUCAUUUGGGCCUUCGCUGAGGAAAGCCUGGAGGAGGUGAUCGUGGGAGGACGAUUGAAAGGAGCUGCUGUUGCUGCUGGGUCUUGGCUUGAGGUGGAGUUCGGCUACGGAGGGCCGCAGCGAUUCGGGCGGAGUUCGGCAGCAGCUGAAGGAACGGCCGCAGCGAUCCGGAGGAGACCGGAGCCAGGCGAGGCAGCGGAGCAUCGGAUCAGCUGAUCACCGCAUGGCGCCCAGCUCACGGAUGCCGAGCGACUGAAAAAACAGGAAGUGUGGAAACGGCGUCUGCCGUAACCAUGGAAACCGGAAGCGGACGAAAGGUUAUAAUGACUGAAAAAGUGCUUGCUGAUAAACUUUCAAGGUUGCAAGCGGAACGAAAGGCUAAGCUGACCAAAGCCGCCAAUAUACGAAACUCAAUGAAAGAUCUCAUCAUAAAGGGUGAUAAAACAAUGGUUUGUGAUGCUUUGAAUGAAUUAAGGGUGGUGUGUGAUGAUGCAAAAUGUAUACAUGAACAGCUGUUGGGUUUAAUGCCAGGUGAUGAACAAGAAAAACAUGAAAUAUGGUUUAAAGCAAAAUUUCUGUCUUUAAAUGAGUGUUUCCAUGGUGCAGAAAUGUGGGUUUCAAACUUUGAAAGUAAUAUACAAGAAAAUGUUGGUGUUACAAACAAUGAAAACAAUGCACAUGCAACUGGGCUGGUGGUGGAUGACAUUAGACCAGAUGACAGCAUUUCUAAUGUGGGAAGCAAACGCUCAAGUAAAGGAAGUAGAGCCAGUGGUGGAUCAAGCACCGCUUCAGCACGCAUAAAAGCUGAAGCAGAUAAAGCUGCUCUUAUUGCCCGUGCUACAGCUCUAAAGGAAAGGCACGCAUUGGAGGAGCAGGAGCAACAAUUGAGGAGGAAACGAGAACAGCUUGACUUAGAGGUGGAAAUAGCUGCAACAAAUGCUAAGUUGGCAGUAUUGCAAUCCUCUGGUGUGAGAAGUGCUGGUUCAGGAUCCAAAAGUGCAAUGGGCUCGUACCUGGAAAAUAAAAAAGGGAAAAAUGGGUCUGUGAUUGUGUUAAAUCCUUUGGCAAAUGAAUAUCAGCCUGGAUUGUUGAAAUCAAUGCAACAACAGUGUUCAAUAAAUCCAAAUAAACCACUGGAUGUGCGAUCAAAGGAACGUGGCUCAAGUUUUAAAACGGCUUCUGAACAUCACUACAAUAUGCAUGACCACCAGGAAAGCAUGGGAAAUUCACACCAACUUAAAGGUCAAAUGACAACUUUUCAAUUAAACAAGGAAAUCAGCCAACCCCAAAUCACUCAUCAAUUCACUCAACCUCGCAUGAAUCAAAUUGCAUCUGAGGACAUACUUACCGUCAUGCAAAGACAAAACGAAAUAACAGCUGCUUUGGUGCAGCAGCAAUUCACAAGAUCUCUGCCACCUAGAGACAUUCCUACAUUUGAAGGGGACCCUUUGCAGUACAGAGCAUUCAUAAAAGCAUUUGAGCAAGGAGUGGAGGACAAAGCAGGAGCAGCAGAUUGUCUUUUCUAUCUGGAGCAAUUUACCAGAGGACAGCCACAACAACUGGUGCGUAGCUGCCAGCACUUGGCUCCUGGUCGCGGCUAUGUAGUGGCUAAGGAUCUCCU